AUGGAGAUGGUGUCCGUGUCUUCUUCUCGGCUAUCCAUUACUGGAAAUUUCCUUCCUUCUUCUCGCCCACCCAUACUUCUCAAGUGGGGAUUUAGAAGGGAUCAGGAUGGAGGCUCAGUUACGAGUAGACUCAAGAGCCAAGCAUUUCGAAUCUUGGCAAAUCCUAAUGUAUCAGGGAACAGAAACUCACGGGAGAUCAUCAUGGUUGAUCCUUUGGAAGCCAAACGGUUAGCAGCCAAACAAAUGAAAGAAAUUCGAGCAAAAGAAAGAUUCAAGAGACGGCGCCGAAUUGAAGCGAUUAAUGGAGCAUGGGCAAUGAUUGGCCUCACAGUAGGCUUGGUCAUUGAAGGUCGCACUGGAAAAGGCAUACUGGAUCAGUUGGCUGGAUACUGGUCUGCCAUUGUCCAUUUUUUUGUGCGGUAA